UUAUUAAAUAUCGGGGCUCGUGGAGGAGAAAAUAUUGGCAGAGGCAGAAGCUACAGCCCGGCUCAUUUGCCAGCUGCAGGGACACUCAGCAGCUGCUGAUGCCAGUGGCUACUGGGGAGGAAAGGUAUUCUGGGACUCAAGAGAGCUGCGUAGGACAUGGGGUUUCCCAUGGGGAAAUUUUUGAGAUUUAAGAAAAAUGUCCUGUCCCAAAUCAGGAUGAAAAGUCAAAAUUGCAAAAAUUUGAGUGAACCGACAACUAAAAUAAAAAAAUAUAUAUAUGUUGGUUUGAGCUGAUCAAAACGUUUUGUUUUGAUCAUUUCAAAUCAGACCCUUUCCAGAAAAAAGUUUCAGUUUCGACGAAUCGGCAUUUUCCUAACCAGAGUAGGGAGGAAAUUUCAUCCAAAAGUUCCCGACUAGCUCUGGACCUGGGUUCAAGACUCGGCUCUGCCACAGACUGCCUGUGUGACCUCAGUCAAGUUACUUUAUCUGUCUGCAUCUCAGUUCUGUACAAAAAUACCCCUUCCUUUGUCUGUCUUGUGUACCUAAGACUGUUAGCCCUUUGGGUAAUAACGCACAGGCUUUACUACAUACAAUGUAAGCCUCCCCAAACACUCAGUGGUUAUACCUUUAAACUGCCUGUUGCAUGCUGGCUUGUUGUUUAGCUCCUCCUGACCUCAGACUGGUGGAUUGUGACUUAUAUUGGCACCCUCAGAACCAUAGCCUGGAAGUGGAGACAAGGUGGCUGGAGACCCAUUAGCAAAGUAGGGAGUCUUGUCCUUCUGCAGUCAUGUGCCCUAAAUUCCUUUCUAUGGAGAGAAGGCAGUUUCAUGAGGCUUGCACUGAGCACUGCAGCCUGAAAAGGGGAUCAAACCUUUUGAAGGAGGACAAAGAAACCAAGUGCUCUGCUGAGAUCCCCCUGGAAGCUGGUGAGCAUGACUGGGUGGUGAAAGUCAUCACUGGCCACUGGACCUGCCUACUUCAUGGGCUUCUGCUCAAAGGUAAGAACCUCGCUGGGAAAAGGGACUCCUUGCCUGGGUUCACUGCUCUGCACUGGGCAGCCAGGAGCGGGGACUGCGAGAUGGCACGCCAGCUAAUGGAAAUGUCCAAGAAAGCUGGCAGCUGCCUCGACGCGAACGCAAAGUGCUACGGAGGUUACACCCCGCUCCAUAUCACCGCCAUGCACGGGCGUGAAGAUGCUGCCGCCAUGCUGGUCAGGAAUUACCAGGUCAAGGUGGAUCUCUGGGAGUGCAGUGGGAGAAAGCCCCUACAGUACUUAAACAAUGAGUCGCCUGACACCCUCCAGCAGCUCCUGAGCAAACCAGAUAGUUCCAUCGCUGCUGCAGCCAGCCGGUCUAAGAUGACAAAUGUGGAAACUGCCAUCUUGAGUCCCACCAGCAGGUUCCUUGGAGUGAUCAAAGGCUUAAAGAGAUCUGUGUCCUCCCUCAGUGGGUCAGUGGGUGCCAGGAAGACAGGUAAAGCUACAGGGAUCUUUUCAUCCCUCUCCAAGGAAGUGAAGCAAGCCCAGGAGGAAGCCAAGACCAGAAGAAUACAAACCUCUGUCUGAACUAUUUUCUCAAUUUGCUACUAGUCUCUGCCUUAGUAAAUUCAAAGAGAUGUGAACAAAGGCAUCAAGGUCUCUGGAACUUGUACCACAAAGGGAGGAGGAGUUUUGCACCUGUACACUGGCACUACCCAGAUUUCCCUAGAAAUGCUGUAGCUGAGUGGUUCUCAAACUAUGGGUUGGGACCCCAAAAUGGGUCACGACCCCAUUUUAAUGGAGUCGCCAGGGCUGGUGUUAGACUUCCUGGGGCCCGGGGCUGAAGCCAAAGUCUGAGCCCCACCACGCAGGGGAGAAGCCCUCAAGUCUCAGCUUCUCCCCCUGUCCAGGCAGCGGGGUUCAGGCUUCAGUCCCCCUUCCUGGGGUCAUGUAGUAACUGUUGUUGUCAGAAGGGGGUCGCGGUACAAUGGAGUUUGAGAACCCCUGCAUGAUACAGACGUGUUAAUUGAAACAGGGAGACCUCUAACUCCAUGCAGGAGGCCUGAGCUACUUCAAACCGUUUUAGCAGAAAGAAUGGCCAGUUUACACAACAGCUUGCUUAAGCUGAACAUGCUUCCUCGGAAUUUGCCGCGCCUUCUCCCAAAGCUUGAAGAGGACCAAGGAUUGUUUUAAACGAACCCCUUGUGUUUUGUCAAGCUAGGUAUCGGGUUCUUAAAAAUGGCCCUUUAUACUAUAGGUUUAAUGGCGCCAUUGAGAAGAGAGGCAGAGUUUGGGGUGUUUUGCAAAAUCUCCCCCUUUGAAUUCUGGUUGACUUGGGGGUAUGCUGAGAAGGGAUGGAGUUCAGAGGGAGGGGAUGUCAGAGCGGCUGAGAGCCCACUGCAUGAGAGGCAUGUGGCAACCAAAGGGUUAAAAUUAACUCCAGGGUAUGAAACAUCAGUUAAUCAGGACCCCAAGGUGUCCGGCCUGAGACCAAUCAAGGGUGAUGCAAUCUGUGGUGCUGAGCACCUGCUAGGUAACUGAUCUCUGGGUGUGGCCCCAGGGCUGCCAGAGCAGUAGCUGGCUUUGAUGCU